CAGGAUUUCGUAAGUAGGGUCAAGGAAGACCAUGGAAACGUAGACGGAAACACUUUUCCUUCGAUUUUUUAGAUAGUUCCACAAGACCAUAGAAAACUUCUAGCAUCCAGGAACUUAUAUUGACCUGACGCAGACGAAAAGCGGGAUCGCAAUCGGUUUUGCAUUUACCGCAAUCAGGAGGAGUCCUGUGGCGUUCGGAUCAAUCGCACGGCGCCAAGCUUACCGUUGUCGUUUGGGUGCUGGUGGCGCACGAGGCCCCUCGUCGAAUUGCACAUUGACGAAACACAAUGGCGAGGCAAUUUCGAAGAACAAAUGGUUUGCACGGUCCCCAUACGACGGGUCAGAUCAGCGCAUGGAUUGCCCUGUUGGCAACCUUGGUGCAAUUUUUGCUCGUCGUUUCUCCAAUACUGCCGUUGGAAGCUUCCAUCCCUGUUACAGUUGUCUUUGUGGCCCUCGUGAGUGGUUCCUUUUACUACGGAUACCUUGCGCAGUUCAUUGAUCCAAUGGACAAGCACUUGCGUGUACAUCUGCAGGAAACGGAACCCGAAAACGUGGCACCGGCGGUGGCGUGUUGUGGUUGUUGUACUGUACCGCAAUUCCCUUCGCAUCAACACGAUACCGAGCAGCCCAUGGCGAACGAAGACAUGAAGCAGUGCUGGAUCUGCGAUACGCAGGUAUCGACGCACGCUAUGCACUGUAAAUUUUGCAAUAAAUGCGUUGGUCGCUUUGAUCAUCACUGCAUGUGGCUCAAUACGUGUAUUGGGGAAGCGAAUUAUCUCUACUUCUUUCGGACAAUGGUUUUUGUUUUUGUCAUGGAAGUCUACCACUUGAUUGUGCAGCUUGGGCUCUUGAUUGAUUCGUUCACCGACGGUGCGACGAAUCAAAGGGCCACGGAUUGGUUUCAAACCGGAACGGACAUUCCGGUGCACGUGUUGCUGAUUUUAUUUAUUCUGUUCAAUCUGCUGUCGCUCUUUUUGAUCACGCAAUUGCUCCACUUCCAUAUCGGGCUGCGGCGCAAGCAACUAACGACCUACCAAUUUAUUGUCGAGGAUCACAAAGGGCGACGCGAACGUGCCAAACGCGAAGGUCAAUUGGAUUCCAACCGAAUUGUUGCCGUGACGGAGGCACAGGAAAACGGUCAAACCUGUACCGCGUGGAAGUUGCAGUUGGGCGGAUUGUGUCGGCAAGCGGGUUGCACGCAGUGCGAUCCACUGGCUCUGUCACCUCCAGACAAGCCGGAAUCGGAAUCAUCCGAAGUAAACGCGCCAGAGAAUUUCAGUUCCGCUUUGGGAGAAAGGGAAAGCGAGUCUCAGUCGGUUGUGGCAGAAACCCCUUCGACGGAACAGCCUCCAAGAAUGGAGAAUCGCACCGAAAACGAGGGCGUGGCGUUUUUGAAAAUGAACGGCGUGGAGGAUCCCGAGGAAGCAUCGUCGUCUCGGGCUUUGGAGAACGAGUCGAAUUUCAGUUCCGCCUUGGGAGAAAUGGAAAGCGAGUCUCAGUCGGAUGUGGCAGAAGUCCCUUCGACGGAACAGCCACCAAGAAUGGAGAAUCGCACCGAAAACGAGGGCGUGGCGUUUUUGAAAAUGAACGGCGUGGAGGAUCCCGAGGAAGCAUCGUCGUCUCGGGCUUUGGAGAACGAGUCGAAUUUCAGUUCCGCGUUGGGAGAAAUGGAAAGCGAGUCUCAGUCGGAUGUGGCAGAAGUCCCUUCGACGGAACAGCCUCCAAGAAUGGAGAAUCGCACCGAAAGCGCGGGCAUGGCGUUUUUGAAAAUGAACGGCGUGGAGGAUCCCGAGGAGGCAUCGUCGUCGGGGGCUCUGCCAGAUGAAACGAUGACCGACGGCAGCAUUGAGCGAACGGAAGCUAAUGUCUCAAAAGACGUCGAUGUCGCACCAACCAUUUCUGUUGCGGAGGAAUCAGAUUUGGGUACAAAUCCUGCAACCGGACCAACCACCGAUGUCGACCCGUCAGAGGACGAGGGCAUCCGACAAGCUCAACAAAAAGAGCGCGCACAAAGGUAUUUUGCGUAG